UUAGUGAGGAAAGACGAUGGUCGGCCAAGUGUUGCACCCUCUCAUCCGAUCUUCGAUCGCGCUCCUCUCCUCCUCCUCAUCGUUCAAUCCAAGCGGCUGACUGGUGGCUUCAACGUGGAGGACACAUCGUGGAUGAGUGAAUUGGAGACUGAAUUGAUUUGGCGACAGGAGGAUGAAUGCAAUGAGAGUGUUGCACCUCCUCAUCCGAUCCUCGAUCUCGCUCUCCUCCUCCUCCUCCUCCUCCUCCUCCUCCUCCUCCUCCUCCUCCUCCUCCUUCAAUCCAAGCGGCUGACGACUGGUGGCUUCAACGUGGAGGACACAUCGUGGAUGAGUGAAUUGGAGACUGACGAUGGUCGGCCAAGUGUUGCACCCCCUCAUCCGAUCUUCGAUCUCGCUCUCAUCCUCCUCCUCCUCCUGCUUCUUCAAUCCAAGCGCCUGACUGGUGGUUUCAAAGUGGAGGACACAUCGUGGAUGAGUGAAUUGGAGACUGAAUUGAUUUGGCGACAGGAGGAUGAAAGCAAUGAGAGUGUUGCACCUCCUCAUCCGAUCCUCGAUCUCGCUCUCCUCCUCCUCCUCCUCCUCCUUCAAUCCAAGCGGCUGACGACUGGUGGCUUCAACGUGGAGGACACAUCGUGGAUGAGUGAAUUGGAGACUGGUGAGAGGAUGAAAGCAAUGAGAGGUAAGUUAGUGAGGAAAGACGAUGGUCGGCCAAGUGUUGCACCUCCUCAUCCGAUCCUCGAUCUCGCUCUCCUCCUCCUCCUCCUUCAAUCCAAGCGGCUGACUGGUGGUUUCAAAGUGGAGGACACAUCGUGGAUGAGUGAAUUGGAGACUGAAUUGAUUUGGCGACAGGAGGAUGAAAGCAAUGAGAGUGUUGCACCUCCUCAUCCUUUCCUAGAUCCCGCUUUCCUCCUCCUCUUCCUCCUCCUCCUCUUUUUUCAACCCAAGCGGCUGACUGGUGGACUCAACGUGGAUUACAUAUCGUGGAUGAAUGAAUUGGAGACUAAAUUGAUUGGCGACAUGCGGAUGAAAUCAAUGAGAGUUGAGAUAGUGAGGAAUAACGAUGGUAAGCUAAGUGUUGCACUUCCUUAUCGCAUCCUUGCUCCCUCUCUCUCCCAUUCUCUUUCCAUCUCAUUGGCUGACUCAUAG